CUCAAACGCAUUCAAAGAAUUUUCCCAAGAAUAUUGAGCUCUGUGUUGUAGUUGUAGUACCGGCAUCUAUGGGAGGUCUCUAACGGUAGGACAAGAGUCGGCGGUGCUUCUUGUGAAAUAUCUACGGUGGAGAGGGCUUGUGAAGGAAAAGUCCUGAGAGUGGCAGUCAACUGUGGACGGUAAGUGUUUCAAAUUCAUGGUUUGUGUCAUUCCAGCUCUCGAUAUUUCCUCUUGCGAGGUGUUAAAUACGAAUGAUUCUAAAUUGUCUUGCGUUAACUUCUUGUCAACAGUCAAAAGGCAUUGUUGAAAACAGAACCAAGCAACGACACUGACGUUACGCAACUAAAUAUAUUUUUGGGCUGUAGCUUCACUGAUCCGACUCUCGAAACGUCUUCUCUGUCGGGACUUUAGUGCAGAUAUAUAUAAAUUGUAUUCGAACUUCACCGAGGAUCCUCCAAACUCUAUUCCGAAGUACGACAUCAAAAAUCGAUAACAGAACUGAGGCUCGCUUUGCAACUGGUUCUUAAGAGUCUUCCGCCGAGGAACAUUCCCCUAAAAACCUAUUCGCCCACGACAUUGGAUUGAAUUACAAAUUUCCCGUCUUGCUAAAUUGAUUCAUAUAAAAUGAUGGUAAACGACAAGUCCUCUUCUCCCGCGUCGUCGACAAACAGCUAUCCCAGAGAUGGAUCAAGUACCGGUAACUCUAGUGGGGCAAGCCAGUCAAACUCCGAUGACCCAUGCCUUGUGAUCAAAAGCCAACCCCCAUCUUCUGUUUACAGCAACGAAAGUUUUAAGGUCGAGGUUCAAUUAGAGCUUCCAAAAACCUCUGGCCCGCCAUCAACGAUAUGGAAUGUCGACAAUGAGGUUAACUUAAAAGCGACUCUGUGCUACGCGAAGACGGGGAAACCAGUCAAAGACGAAGCCAUUUUGAUGACAACACCUAUGGAAAUUACAAUUCCUGGCGAACCAAAAAUUGAUAAUAGUAGCAACGUCACCGACGAAAACAAUAGAGGAAAACGAUCUGUCGUAGUGGAGUGCAUGAUCCGAACAGAUUCAAUAAGUCGAGAUGGUGAAACUGGUUAUGUUGUCCGAUUCUCUACAACUGGCGAAGAUAAAAAUCUAUUGAGUACUCCAUCAAGUAGGACAAGAUUUGUGAAGGGGAUCUCGACUCUGCCGACGCACUUGGUGAACUACAAAAUACGCUGUAAAGUUGAACAAGAUUGGGAAAGCAUAUGGUACAAGGAUGAGGGCGGCAGAGACAAAUGUAUGGAGGUGUCUGUUGCCAUUUAUGACAAAGAUGGACAACUGAAGACUGGCGAAAACAUUCCAUUGAAACCUGUUUUAUGUUACGAGGUUGGUCCUGGAGCUCCUGAAUCUAAGGUAGCGAACCAAGAUAUUUUACGCACACUUGGUACCGCAAACCUUGUUCUGGAUAAAGAUACUGGUCGGACAAAGCUCCGUUUCCGAGUCGAAGAUGUAUCGAAGAAUCACCAGGGACAGAAUUUCUGUUUGAAGGUCGGACCAGAAACAAGCACAAAACGAUAUAAAGACAUCGCCGUAGCAUUUACGCCCCCUGUAAAUGUCCGUUCCAAAAGAAACAAACGAUCUCGGGGUGCUUCUAACCGCCACUCAACGGGAAAAGCCGGCAAUGACAACCCUGGGACUUCUGACUCACCCAGUGCUACCCGUCAGAGACUUUCAGGUGUAUUCGGGGCUGGAGGGCCAGACAAUCUUAGGUCUGGUCGCGGAGGUCAAAGCGGCAAUUUGAAUCCAGCUAAUGUUGAUGCUCUUCAGCAAGCAAUUAGGGGUAUAAUUGGUUGGGCUGACGUUGUUGUAAACGAGUUACAUCCUUUACAAUGGCAGGUAUUGGGAUAUCAACAGCAUGAGGACGGUAGUGGGCCAGAUUAUAGUCGACCAUAUCAUAGUAUGCCCAACCCGAACGUCCCAAUCAUGCGAAUUCUUAAUGCGUAUACUGAUCAUGUUCGUGGCCAUCUCCAAGUGCUAGUAAGUGCAGUCGAAGAAGCACAAGCAAAUAACACCGCCCCAGGAGGGGGCAUCCAUUCCGAAUUCAUGCAAUCGUCACUCCAGGGGCGAGAUUUCACCAAUGAUCCUUACAGUUCCCUCCUGGGAUCAAACCGGUUCGGGGUACAAAGUGGAGCAGGAAUGCCCGGUGAUCCUGGACUUUCUCAAGGCGUAGUUGGCGGAAUACCUGGGCUGCAUCCAACUAUGGCUGCUGACGGUUUCCGCGCGAGGGGAGAAGUAGGGGGUGGUCUUCCUUAUUCAGCACGUGUGAAUAUGACGAAUCAAACAAUAAGUGGGAUGCCUGGACCAUCAGCUUAUGGGCUUCACGGACACAAUUCCAUGCAAGCUCCAGGGAUGCCUCAUCAACAAGGGAUCCGUGGUAGCCACUUUGAUACUAGGCAAAGGGCCAUGGCAAUGGAAUCACGUCAAUCACAAGUGAAAUACGUCUUGGCAAAGCAAUACAAGACGUUGCGCACCGGUUCACGGCUCGGAUUCCCGGCGUUUAGUGCCGAGAAGGAAAUUCUUGGUUUCUUCCGGGAAGGUGGUGCAAAGGGAGGAGUCAACAAGUUUUUUCCCAUUAGCAGACAUAAAGACGACUUUGGGCCAUUGGAAAUUUUGCAAGCAUCCGAGAUACUAGAAGACUUUAUAGCGAAGGAGAGCAAAGCUGUCCACUGCUUGAAAGACUAUCCAAAUUUGUCAAGCAUGCUGGACGCUUGUUUGUUAUAUGAUUGGAGUAAAGAGGCUGGCAAUCCAACAAAUUCUCAGACAAUGCAAGAAACUUAGACGAACAAAUUAAAAUCUGGGUUGGGGUAGUACACGUGUGUGACGUAAAACGAAAAACAAAUAGAAUGCAUUUGAAAAAAUCAUGUGCGCCUUCGCAUGUUUGUGGAAAACAUGCGAUGUUGGUGUGGGAUAGAUGCCUUUUUUGGAUACGUUGGAGCAAGCCUUCCCGUAAUCACAUAAGUAAACGUACGGUAGCAAUAUAUUAUAUUGAUCAUGCACUCAAAUUGGUGUCAGUCCGAAUAGUAGUUCUUGUUCAACCGUUCAAAUCAUAGAUUGAGAAUCGGUAGUAAUCUCUUUCUCAGGAGACCAGGCGAGCAUGAACCAUAAUAAAUACUGUAAUAAGAAUACUUCUGUUGAUUUUGCUUCUCGAGAGGGAUUGCGUUUGAGGAAACGGGGACCAAGAACAUUCUUUCUUCCUGCCCCCCAAAAUCGAAACCGGGAAAAAAAUACAGAACGGCGAACAACGUGAGUCCCGUCGUACCGUAUGGUAGUACUUACGAUACGUACGGUGGGUUCCAUCUACGGUAAUCUGGCUGGGGUUCCAUGACACGGUACACGUUACGUAGGAGUAGCGUACGGUACAACUACGUACGUACCGGUACAAGUUUCAGCCGAACAGCAGCGAACGAACGCAACUUACACGCAUCGUACCGUAAGUACUGUACCGUAGGUACAGCAUUGGUGGCAACCCCAUCGAAAAUCGGAACACCUACGCUACGGUACAGGAACGUACCGUACGUACAAGUACCAGUAGUACCGGCCGGUACGAAAAUACGAAACGGCAAUUUGCAAUUUUGAAACCCGAGUACGAGUAGCACCGUACCGUAUCGUACGAAUCGUGAAGCAAAGUACGGUUCAGUACUACUACUAGUAGAAAAUAGAAAAUUGAAAAUUUCUUAACUGCUGUCCUGUACCGUACCUGGUACCGUACGGUACUUUACUGCUCAUCGUUCACAAUCCAACUGGAGAGCAAGAGUACGUCCCGGUACGAGCACGAUCCCAACCUCUGUUGUCGUCGUUGUCCAUUGAGAGUCGAGUUUGCCCUGCCGUACUACCACUUCAUUCCCUCCCUCCCCCCACCCGCCCGGCAAUCCAACAGGGACGCACACACGCAGCCCGGCGGCACCAGAAGCAGCAGCAGCAGCAGCAGGACCAGGACCAGGACCAGCGGCACGGAACGAGCAUGUUUCGAAAACUCGGAUUCGGGAGCGGCGGAAAGUCGAGGAACAAGCGGCCCAAGAAAAAGCGCCUCGUUCCCCAGGGUUCGUCGUCUUCCGGUGGGCAGGCGCAGGGCCAGACCCAGCCGCCCCCGUCCUACCAGUAUGCGAUGAACGAGUACGCCCUGACGGGGCCCCAGCCCGGUCCGCAUUCGCAUGCGAACCCUCACCCCGGUGCCAACAUUAACAACAACAUUAACAACAACAACAACGCCAACAACACGAACGCCCACCCGAGCCAGGCCAUGAACGUCGACGACGAGGGGAAGAUCCGGCCGGCGUACUCGAUGACGGACGUUCCGGAAGACCGGGAACUCGGGGCGGACUACGAGUACCCCCACCACCACUACGAGAACGGCCCGGUGCUGCCGGACCCGCUGCCAGACCCGCCGCAGCAGGGCGAUCGCCGGGGACAGGGACAGCAGCAGCCCGAGCCGGAGGGGCAGGUUCGGUCCACGAACACCCGGCCGGGGCAAGCCGACGGCACGAUGACCACGGGAAACGUUCGCCGGCACGAGCAGCAGCAAAGGCAACACCAGCAACAACACCAGCAACAGCACCAGCGGGACGGGAUCCUGGGGUCCCCGAGCCAGGGCGACUACAAAGACAACGACUACGACUACAACGCCGGCAACAGCAACAGCAACGGCGCCUACGCCCCCCGCAGGCGGUUCCUUUCCCCGAGGGCCGACUACUACUCGUACGACGAGGAGGACACGAUCACCACGGCCACCUUUGGGGGACACUACGACGACGACAACGACUACUCCUACGACGACAAUUCUACCGCCGCGGGGGGGGCCUCGGCGGCGAGGCGGCAGGGGGGCGGGGCGUCGCCGCUGCCGCCGGGAAAGGGGCACCAAGCCCACCGGGCCUCCGAGCAGAUGAUGCCCGAUGCGACCUACGAGGAGUGGUACGGGGACGCCUACGUCGGCGGACCCAUCCGGUACAUCUACCCGAGCGGCUACCAGUCGAUGCGCCCGAGGGGGUCCCCCUGGAAACUCAGCAUCGCCGUCUGCCUCUUGUUCACCUGGCUCUCGGUCUUUAUCAUUGGCCACUGCAGCGACAUUUACGCCAUGAACCAGGCCAACGACAACGGAAACAACAACUACAACUACAACAACGCCGGCGGCGCCAACGCCGGAGAGAACUACGACGACGACCUCGUCAUCAACGAAAAGUGGUGCGGCUCGAGGCUCCUCUACUGGAUGUGGGUCACAUCGAUGCUCAUCACGGGGCUCGCCUCGGCCUACUGCGGGGUCAUUGGGUACAUCAAGGUCCGCGACUUUGCGGUGGCCAACUCCAGGAGCCAGCCCCCCGGCAUCAUGCUGGUCGGGGACUAUUCCAUGUCCGGGGAGGCCGGAAGCAGCGGAAGCGGAGGCCUCUCCACCACCCACAACCGGGGCAACUCGGACUACUACGUUCCGAUCGGCGACGCGGCCAACCCCCGGAGGCAGCAGCACCACCACCAACACACACACCCACAGAACCUUCCACCGGGCCAGGCCGGCAGCGGGACCGCCCCGAACUACCGGCUGCAGCAGACCCAUCCGGCGCAGUACCGCAAAACGAUCUACCAGGCCGACGGGACCCCGCAGUUCUGGGGAAACCAGAUCUACCGGCCCAACCAGGCGGCCGUCCACACGGUGUCGAGGUAGCGCCUUUCGCCACCCAAUCCCGUUCUAGAAUGCCGUACCGUGCCGUUCUAUUCUAUUCUAUUCUAUUACAGUAUAGUAUAGUAUAGUAUAGUAUAACAC